AUGGAGAUUGUAUUCUUGUUUCUCCACUCCCAAUUAAGCCAAGGUCUUAUUGACGACAUGAGCAUAUCUUACUCUGUUAGAAGCAUGAAUUGUUUCCCUUGUUGUGCACCUAAGAAAGGCCAAAGCAAGAGGGAGCUUGGUUCUCCACCCCCGGAACCAGAACCGGUUACAACAGUAGAGUCACCCGCUGAAGUGAAGAAACAAAAGCCUGAGGAACCAAUGCCACCAGCUGCUGCCGCAACAACUACAACUGCUCAAGCUUUCACAUUCCGUGAGCUAGCAACGGCAACAAAGAAUUUCCGACAGGAAUGCCUCUUGGAUGAAGGAGGUUAUGGCAGAAUAUACAAAGGGACAAUUCCUACCACCGGCAAGAAUGUGGCCGUGAUGCAACUCGACCGAAAUGGGAUGCAAGGCAAAGAGGAAUUCCUGGCUGAUGUUACAGAACUAAAUGCCUUGCAGCAUGAAAAUCUGGUCAGUCUCAUUGGUUAUUGUGCCGAUGGAGAUCAACGUCUUUUGGUGUACGAGUAUUUCUCCGGGCGCACUCUAGAAGAGCGUCUUUUUGAGAAUAAAGCGGAUGAAGGAACAUUAAGUUGGUUUGACAGAAUGAAAAUAGUAGCGGCUGCUUCUAAAGGACUAGAGUACUUGCACGAGAGUGCGAACCCCCCAGUUAUAUUCAGGGACAUGAAAGCGUCGAGCAUCUUGGUGGACAAUGAUUUCAAUGCCAAACUACGUGAUUUUGGAAUAGGAAAGCUUUCUGGUGGAGACAAGAUGAGCAAUGGACCUCCAAGAAUUAUGGGUAGCUAUGGUUACUGUGCUCCGGAGUACGUAAAAGGAGGUCAAGUCAACCUGAAAUCUGACGUAUACAGUUUCGGAGUUGUCUUGCUAGAGCUCAUUACUGGACGAAGAGCCGUUGACACCACAAAACCAAAUGAAGAGCAAAAUCUCGUUCCAUGGGCAACACCCUUAUUCAGGGAUCCGAAAAGAUAUCCAGAAAUGGCAGAUCCUCUUCUUAAUAUGAAUUUCCCAGCAAAGGAUCUGAAUCAAGUUGUUGCAAUAGCAUCCAUGUGCUUACAGGAGGAAGCAGACGCUCGUCCUUUGAUCAGUGACGUUGUAACUGCUCUAAGUUUCCUUUCCACUCCACCUGCUCCUCCCCCAAAGAGUAGUGCUGGUGAAGGCGAAGGUGGAUCAGUAUCUAGAAAGGGGAGUCGUAAAUCAUCCAGCAGUAGGAAAUCGGGUGAGUUAAGCCAGAAGAGCAGCAAAAAAUCUUCACUGAAGGAGUUAAGCCAGAAGAGCAGCAAAAAGUCUUCCUCCAAAGAUUCAAGCAAGAAAAGCAGCAGCAGAAAAUCUUCCAUCAGAGAUUUAGGCAAGAGCAGUAAAAAAUCUUCUGGCAGAGUUUCAAGCCAUAAGAGUAGCAAAGAAUCGGACGAUGGAAGCGUUUCCUCAAGCUGCCGUAGCAGCAGCGUGGCAUCAGAAGAUGAAAGGUCUCUGUCAGGGCGAAGCAGCAUGAGGCUAUCAACAGGAAGUGAUCAUAGCUCCAGCAGAAGGUCAGAAGAUGAGAGCCGUCACUUAGUUGAACGUGCAUGCAGCGUUGGAUCUUCUGGUUGUUUACGCAACCGAUCAUUAGCACCUGUACGGAAACCCUCCCUUCCCCACUUUCUCUUACCUUUUUGCUCCCGACUUAUUCUUUCUGCCUUCGGUUUCACACACCUCCACAAAAUGGAUGAAUGGAAGAGAGACGCACACAUUCCAGCGUUUGGGAACUGGGAUUUCACCAAUGAGUUCCCCAUCACUCGCUAUUUCGAGUGUGCCACACAGCCCCGUCCACUUCGUUACACUUCUUCCUCCGCUGAAACUCGUCUCCGUAGCAAUCCUCGUGCCCUUCGAAAUUAUAGCAAACAGGAUACGAGGAACAAGGGAAGGAGGUGCCAGCAUGUUAAUGCCAACAGAGGAAGAGUGUACGACGUAAGUGAACAGUCAAAGAAGCCAAAUGGAAUAAAGAAGCACAGGCAGGUGCACGACACCGUUCCACGAACUACAAAACCCGUUGACGAAGAUCUCUAUAAGAUCCCUCCCGAACUACUCCAUACUUCCAACAAACGGAAGAAAAUUAUGGGGUUCAUUUCCAAGUGUCUUGUACUGCUUGUGUGUCAUGAGCAUUGCUGA